AGGCCACUGAAGCAAAUCCACGGAGAUUGACUUGGAAGUGAAGAGAGAAGAGGAGAUCCGCCUGCUUGGCUUCCUGACACAGGGGUUUCUAUUUGUUUUCUCCCUUUGCUCAGGACACAAUUUCCACACGAUCAUUAGUGGAGAGCAGCCCAGCGGGGUCAAGGCUAGGAGGAGGGGACGCAGCCGCAAGCAGUGAAGGAAGGUGGAGGCACAAAGGCAGAAGAGCGGGUGGACGAAAGCAUGAAGCAGCUCCUGGACAGCAGCUGGAAGAAAUUUGGACACGCUGACAGGGGGAACUACGACUGGCUGAACACUGAACCAGGUGGGCCACUUCUGGAAACAGAGCUCCAGAGUAGACAACAGAUAAGUUCAACCAAAGACGACAUAGAGCCAUUUCUGUGCAUCAUUUUGCCUGCCACCAUGAUGCUCUUCCUGGCAUUCCUGCUGCUCUUCCUGUACCGCCGCUGCCAGCGCCCCAUCCCACAAGGGCAGAUCUUCAGCAUUGACCUCCCUGAGGCCCUGCCUGAGCACGACGUGUCCAAUUUCUUUUCUGUGCUGCCCUGGAACAGCGAGCAGAGUUUUCAUUACUCCACUCUCCUCCCGGAUGCCACGUUUCUCUCCAUGUGCUUGCCUCCAUCCUACGAGGAGGCCACAACAAAGACUGCCCUGGGUGAGGCUCACAUUGAGCUCUCUCCAGACCCAGUGCCUCCUUACGAAGAGAGCACACAGCCAUCCAGCAGCACCAAAUAAGCUUCCUACGGAAGUACCUUAGCUGAAGCAUGCUGCCCCUCAAGGCAUAAAUACAGAUCUGCUAUGGCCUUUAAAAUUAGCACAAAUAAUCCAAAUGAGGCAAAAACCAAUGAACUGCGAAGCAGCAAACUUGAAGGAACAAGGAAUUAGAAUAUUCUAGAACAAGGUGAAGAGUAUUUUCCACGUGUAGCAAGGCUAAACUUCAGUUCUAUACUGGUAAUGAGGAAAUCUGAGAGAAUGGAGUAUGUUGUAUGAGGAUUAGAUUUACAGACGGAUGAGAAUCUGCCCAUCUGCAAUCCCAAAGAAAUGUAACAACACUGAUGGCUGGACUUGAUGAUCUUGAAGAUCUUUUCCAGCCUAGAUAACUCUAUGAUAAAUUAUACUACAGAUUUACCAGUUGCAAAAAGGGCUUUUAGCAUGAAACUAUGCCAGCUUGGCUUUUUCUACUUUACGUGUUUGUUUUUCAUUGAGCUCCUAAUAAGUUGAUUUAUUUAGUCAGCAUGUCUUAACAUCACAUCAUUCUUCAGUGCUCUGGAACAAUCGAUCACAGCACUCAGGAAUGCAAAUAAAUUAAACUCUAAGGAAGUCUUCCAAUUGUCCCAAGAAGUACAGCCAUGCACCUUUCCUGAAGGCUGACUUCCAACACUACUGAACAGUGAGAGCAAUCAGAGAAGACCAGAUCAUUCUGGAUGAGGAAGACUCCAGCACCAUCACACACAAAUACACGUGUUUGCUACAAGACAAGGCCUACAAAAUUCCAAAGUUCUAGGCUACUGGCUUGACUUAUUUUCCAGUGUACAGAUUAGAACAAUAAAUUCUGUGACCGUGA